CGGUCUUUUCUAUCUUGUCGGCCUUUGCAAGAGAAGCUAGAAUCAUGGUCUCGUCGCAUCUAUCCUGGUUGAUCAUCCGCGAUCACAACGCGUUUCUGCUGAAGCAGAAGAACAUCCGGAAGCCGUUCAGCACGGAGCCGAACAACCUGACUAAUCUGAGCUCAUUCCGCUACAGUGGUUUGGUGCACAAGAAGACGAUCAGCAUUACCCCCGCGGAGAAGAAGGGCGUAAACUUCACCUACAAGCGUGUCCGUAGCCACUUCAAACCAGCAAAGUCCCAGGUUAAGGUGACGCUGAAGGAUGGAUCGCGGCGCACGCUGAAGAAGAUCAAGAACAUCAUUAAGAACAGCCGGUACCGUCGGGACCUGCAGCAGGCGGCCCUUCGUCGGACUUGCGCUAUUCUUCGCUCCCAGCGGCCAGCCAAGGUUAAGAAGGGCAAGGCUGCCGCGAGUAGCACCACCCCGGCUGCUCCGGCCGCCAGUGCUACCACUGCUGCUGCUGCCGCCCCGAAGAAGGCAGAGUAAGCCUUUCGGUGGAAUGUGGGCUUA